GAAAUAAUGUUCUUCGAUGAUUACGUUGAAAAUAGUGUGUCGUAAUGAAACUGUUAGUUCUACUCGCAGCUUGUGCUUUCAUAGAAGCUAAUUAUAUAGAACAUCAUUUUGACAACUCAACUUCAAAUGAUCGCAUAGUAGGAGCUGGUGAUAUUGAUAUCAGUAACACACCAUGGCAAGUUAGCAUUCACAAUGCUUCCAAGUACCAUUGUGGUGGUGCUAUUAUUUCAAAAGACUGGAUCAUCACCUCUGCUAAAUGUAUGAGUCAACCAAAGAAUCUAUACACAGUUCGAGUUGGAAGCACUUACUACAACAGUGGAGGAGCCAUUUAUAAUGUAGCUGACAUUAUCAAGCAUGAAAACUUCAAAACAAAUGCUAAAGGACUUUCUUCUGAUGAUAUUGCUUUAGUUCGUCUCAAUACAUCAAUAAUAUUCACUGCAUCUCAGAAAAUAAUUCCACUAUGUAACAUUGAUGAAGUGGUGCCCAUGGGCAAGCCAGUUCAAGUUUCUGGUUGGGGUGGUACUGUUCCCUCAAAUUUGAGAAUCCUUCAAUCAUAUCUAGCAAAUGUUUUGAGAAAAAUAAAUUGUAAUAGCACGCAUUCUACUCGUGGAGGACUUUACGAUCAUCAAAGUUGUAUUGGUCCUGAAAAUGGACAGAGUGGUGCAUGUCCUAAAGAUGCUGGUGGUCCAGUUGUUUAUGGCUCAUCGAUAUUUAAUAAAUAUCUUGUUGGAGUAAUUUCGUGGUCAGAAGGAUGUGGUAAACCGAAUCUUCCAGCAAUAUUUACAGAUGUUGGGGCAUAUCGAUUUUGGAUCAAACGUCACACUGGAGUAUAAAAUAGAUAUAUUUUUUAUAAUUAAAUUAAAUAAAUAUAUUUUUAAAUUAAAAAAAAAA